CCAUCACACUCCAUCCACUCAUCAUGGCAAGCAGCAGCAGUACCGGCGGCAACAGCGUGGACAAGACCAAGGCCCACCGGUCGGAUGACGUCCCGGAGCCGUGGCUCCGACAGUGGGACGAGGCAUACAACAACUGGUUCUAUAUCAACCCCACGACCGAGCCACCCACCGUGAGCUGGUAUCACCCCGCGUCGCUCGACGACGACCAGCUGCAGGACGCAGCAAACGCAGCCAAGGGCCAGCCGCCGGCGUACGCGCCGCCGGCCAACAGCUCGAGCUCCACCUCGCGCGUAUCGCAGCCGCAGCGCCAGCCGACCAUCGCGCAAGACGACACGAACAACCGUUUCCUCGGCGUGCCAAGCUCAACCAGCAGCAGCACGGACGAGCGCCGCCGCUCGUGGGGCGGGAGCGGGCUCGGCGCCGGGCUGGCCGGCGGCGCGGGCGGGCUGUUGCUCGGCAGCUUGCUCUUCGGCUCGGGCGGGCGCAGACACCACGGGUACUACUCUGGCGGGCUGUACGGGCACAGCAUGGGCCCGCCGCCGUUCGGGCUCAUGGGCGGCGGGCUGUAUGGUCGGCCCGGGUUCGGCGGCGGCUUUGGCAGGCCGUACGGGUACGGCUGUGGCCCGUUUGGCGGGGGCGGGCUGGGCGGCUUUGGCGGCUCGCCGUUCGGGUAUGGCGGCGGCCUUGGUGGUCUCGGUGGCUUUGGCGGCGGGUUCGGCGGCGGACAUCACCACCAUGGUGGACACCAUGGCGGGCAUCAUGGGCACCAUGGUGGUGGCCACGGCGGGUUCUUUUAGCGACGGACGGAGGUCGCUUCACACGCUGCUUCGCCGCACGACCAGAGAGGCUGGAGAAGAAACGACAGACGAGGGAGGAGAAACGACACUUUUACACCACUUCACUUCAAUAAAACAUACGCCUACAGUAUUGAUUGUACUUUGUAAUCACGAUACACGUACCAUUGCCGGAGUCGAGUCGUGGUGCUCGCUCGCUCGGCCGACACACAUUGCAAGAACGACAAAGUUUGCCUCCUUGCCCUGUGCACAACGCUUCCUUGCCUGGCUCACAACGUUUCCAUCGUCGCCACGCCCCGCCGCCCACCCGGUGUCUGUUCCUGUCCUGUCUGUGGCGGGAGGGAGGAAACCCGGGUCGAUCAGUAACCAGUAACCAGUAACCAGUAACCAGU